AUGCCAGUGCCUAAAAACCAAGCUGCAUGGCUCGUCAAAGCCGGUUCUCCCCUAGAGUUGGGAGAUGCCCCGUUCCCCACAGCUGGCCCGGGUGAACUAGUCAUUAGAAAUGCCGCCAUCGCCAUCAACCCUCUCGACUGCCAUAUGCAAGACUCCGGUGUCUUUGUUCAGCAAUGGCCUGCUAUUUUCGGCUGCGAUAUCGCCGGUGAAGUGUAUGAAGUAGGAAAAGAUGUGGAAAGAUUCAAGGGAGGAGACCGUGUUAUUGGGCAUGCCAUCAAUCUGACUAGUGGCCGCCCUCAGGAUGGCGCAUUCGCUCUGUAUACUGUAAUUCCUGCUGAUAAAGCGGCUAUACUUCCUGAUGAGAUCUCAUUCACGGAUGGUGUCGUCGUGCCGUUCGCAUUGGAGGCGGCUGUUUGCGCGCUUUCCGUCGAGGAGCCUGGGGUCGCCAUGCCCGGUUUUGCUACACCAGCCCUGGGCCUUCCGUACCCCUCGCUGCAUGACGUGCCAUCCUCAGGCAAGACACUUGUCGUUUACGGUGGCUCAUCUUCUGUCGGCUCGAUGACGAUCCAGAUUGCCACGGCCGCCGGAAUCCACGUUAUCGCUAUUUCCGGUGCGCACAAUUUUGAAUUCAGCAAGCGAUGCGGAGCAGCUCGAGUCUUCGAUCACAAGGAUACUUCGCUUGCAGGGAAGGUUAUCGAAGCAGUUCGAGAGAAAGGCAGCGAGUUCAUUGGCAUCUUCGAUGCCAUAGCUACCCCUGAGACUUACGCCAACGACAUCACUAUUCUUGAGCAGCUGGACGGAGGACACCUCGCUUGCGUGCAUCCCCUCCUCCCCCACUACUGA